AUGCAGGCCAUGGAAGAAACUCAGCGACAAAACCCGAUCAAGGGUCCUGUGUUCUGGACUACGCCAUCCGAAGUCGAUGCUUGGAACAUCGCCUUGACCAGCGAUGAUGUCUUCAAGACAGACGCAACACAAAAGCCUUCCACUCCGCCGAAUCAAGCGUAUAUUCUGCAGUACCACGACGAUAUCAAGUGUAUUGAUUCCCCGCCUGUGUGCGUGUCCUGCCCAUCGAGUGCCGAUAAACUAGGGCCACAGAGUCGCCGAGUAAUUCUCGACAACUUACCAGCGGACGUAACUAUACCCCAGGUUCUCCGAAGCAUCAAAUGUUAUGGAGGAAUCAUUUCCACAGUCCUCGCCAACAGUCUGAAGAAAGCAAACACUAGAACAAAGACGGCAAUGAUUGAGUUUGUUUACCCCGAGGCAGCCGCGGACGUCGUUUCUCACUUUCACGGUAACAAGACGGUAUUCCUCGACAGCAAAGGCGGCGAACAUCAACCAGAGGUAUACGUGGUUCCCACGCCAUCUUACCUUCAUACCGAGGUGAACCACUGUCUGCUCGACAGAGGCUGCACCCGUGCCCUGUUCAUGCCCAGCUUCCCAGAAGAAGCUAUCUGGUACCUAAUCUGCACCAUUGGAAUGAAACACAUCAACAAUGUCCAACUAUCGGAUGGUCACCUAACCAUAGAGCUUACCUCGCUAUUUGAAGCGGAUAGGGCUGGGAAAGAAAUCAGGUUCGGGAACACCGACAUGGAGUACGACGCAACCAAGCACGGCAUGUGCUACAUUCCCGAUUCGUCCCAAGGCGAGAUGCAGGACAACUACGACUCCCACAACGGAUUCAUCGCAUUCACUGACACGAAUAUCUUACAAACAACAUGGGAUCGGGAACCAUACAACAGAUACCGCCCGCAACCCCUCCACGAAACUCCCACCGGCAAGGACGCCAUCAGGCACACCUCGGGACCUACGUACGAGGAGACCCUCGCCGAGUACUUCUCCGUCGACCCUUCCGAGAUAUGGAGCUACCUCGAAGAUCGCAGGUCGUUCCAGGACACCACGUACAACAUCAUCGGGAGCACCAUUAAACUGACCCGUCGCAAGUGGAGUUGGAGCAUCAGCGCCGAAGACGAGGUCAAGCUCCUAAUGGCGAAUACCCUGCACGACCCGGACUGGGCAACUGAAUGGGACGAGUACUUCAAAUCCAGGGGUAUGGCUAAUUUGCGAACGUGGGAGGAGUACGGCACGUUGGCGAAGCACCGACGAGAGCGUGCUGCCGAGCAGGGCUUGGCCGAAGGCAUAGUACCAAUUUGUGAUGGGUGCCCUUGUGAGUGCGAGGACUUGAAGAAGGUGCCUGUUCCGAAAUUUAUUCAGGAUUAUUCUGCCUGUAAACGCGUGGAUGCUGAAGCGGAGUAA